UUAAGUAAAGUGAUUCUUUUUUACUGUUCUGCGCCUAGCUGCAGAAAGCAAAACGUCAUCGUCUGGUGUUUGUGGUGCUUGGUGUCAGUUGAUUCUUUGUCUGGCUGAAUGCUUCUUCGGUUACUGGCGUAAUCUUUCAGUGCUAAACGCUGAAGGCCAGUUUAUUAUUCAAGAGUUGUUCAAGGAAGUGGAAGAUGUGCGAACUGCGAAUCAUCGCGAAAACGCUUGAGUGCUCACUGUCGAAGAUGCCGGCUUCUGCGUGUCGAACGUAUGAAGUCGGUAAUUCUACUAAUUCUGCUCGCUAACAGACAACAGUCACACAAACCACGGAAUAUUGGUAGUCACAUUUUGGCGUGUAGGACCUAGGUUUAUGAUUCGAAACAAGCUGUAUACUUAAAUUUUAUUGAUUUUUAAACCUCGAUGGCAUACGAACUCUGUAGAUUAGGGAGGUCAACUUACUGAAGUUUGCCUCUUUCUGACGACGUUUUCCAGCGAAGAACGCAUCCAGUCCCAUUUGCCAAAAUCCUGAUAUGUUUGUAUUAUGCACGGAAGUUGCAGUCAACUUCAGAUUCCCGUGUUAAACCAUCAUGUUUUUCUUAAUCGCUGGAGAUUCCCGAGACCAGUUCUCUUUCGACGAUUAAUUAGCUAUUUUGCUACUUUAUUCUUGUUGAUAACAAGUUUCUCACUAAUCGCAUAUUUGGGCAUUCAAAUUUUUAAGAGCAAUGUUGUCAGUGAUAUUCCCGAAAGGGAUCCGAGCGGUCACAAACCCCAGGAUAUUCUUCUAUCAAAAUUAUCGGGAGGCGCAGCAAUGCAGGCACCUGCUGUUACCGAAGUCGGUGCAUUUCGAAAGUAUAGGCACGAAAGGGAAGAACAAGCGCACGAAAUACACCAACAGUUAGCUAAUUACGAAAUACGGUCGGAUCACGUUGCGCCAGAUGCCCCUGGGGAAAAUGGAUUGCCAGUGCGUCUGGAUUCAUUCGGGCCAGAUAAUGUGAAAGCUAAAGUUAUCUUCAAAAAAGAAACGUUCAAUCUUAUGGGCAGUGAUCGAAUGUCUGUUCAAAGAUCAUUACAGGAGCACCGAUCUCAAAGAUGCAGAGAACAGCUAUACGAUGUUGAACUUGCAACCGCCACCGUGAUUAUUGUUGCUUACAACGAGCCGUUGUCCACUUUGCGCCGGACAAUAUGGAGCGUGAUUAACAGAUCACGUCCAGAAUAUUUGCGUGAAAUUAUAGUCGUGGACGAUGGAAGUGAUCGAAAUUAUUUUCGGACUACCCUAACCCUCAUACUGGAAAAAGAAUUUGGCAACCUGGUACAACACAUUAGAGUGCCCCACAAUGGGCUAAUAAAAGCUCGGAUGUAUGGAGCCCGGAAUGCUUCCGGUGAUGUACUAAUCUUUCUGGAUGCUCAUUGCGAGGUCACUGUUGGAUGGCUGGAACCACUGUUGUCUGAGAUAAAGAAAGAUCGCAAACGAAUUGUGUGUCCUUUGGUUGAUACGCUUACUGCAGAAAAUUAUGAGUACAUUCCAUCUGCCACCUUUGCUACAGGAUUGUUUACAUGGAACAUGUAUUUUAAAUGGGGGCCAAAGGGCAUGCUGAAGUCGGAAACUGAACGAAUAAAAGAUCCCGGCUACGAGCCUCAUCGAACGCCUACAUUCCCCGGCGGGAUAUUUGCAAUUGACCGCCAUUGGUUUUUCGAAGUCGGUGCCUAUGACGAAGGCAUGGAAGGAUGGGGUGGAGAAAACUUGGAGAUGUCUUUUCGAAUUUGGAUGUGCAAUGGAUCCAUAAUGUUUAUACCCUGUUCUCGCGUUGCUCAUAUGUCGAGAGGUCACACGUACGAUGCGGAAAAGCACCAUGGGGCCAAUGCGGCCCGUGUGGCGGAGGUGUGGUUGGAUGACUAUAAGAGGUUAUUUUACUUAGCGCGACCCAAUCUCAAGAAUGCAGCCAUUGGGGAUUUGACAAAGCGAAAAGAAUUACGUCAGAACUUGAAAUGUCAUGAUUUCAAAUGGUUUCUGGACAACAUCUACCCAGAAAAGUACAUUCCGGAUGAAAACGCAAAAUUUUUUGGCCAGCUCUGGAAUCCUAUUCAUAAUGCCUGUUUAUCAGUCGCUGGCUGGGAUGAUCAUGUGGCGCCAAAUGCUUUCAUACUUGCCAAAUGCUACCCUUCUUCUCAUUUAUCGUACUGGUGGCAGUUGUUUUCAAUGAGCAAAAAUAACGAGUUACGGAGGGACGAUUGGUGUUUGGAUGAAAAGAGUGAUCAAGAACCACAUACCCUCAUAGGGCACCUUUGUUCGGACGAAGAUUUGCGAACGUGGACGUAUGACGGUUCUCGGAUUAUUAAUACCAAGUCGCGAGGAUGUUUGACCUUCGUUCCCCAACUGAACACUUCCGCCAGUGUUGGGAUAUUUGUGUGUGAUAACUCUUCAUUUCAGCAAUGGCAUUUUCUGCAACAACAGCAAACAAAGUCAAAAUUUAUAGCAUCCAAGACACUGUUUGCUUAAGUUUAUAGUGGCAAAUACGAUGCAAUUUACUACUGCUGCAAGUCUGCAACAUACGAUUGAUUAUUGAUUUCCACAUUUUUCUGUGAUAUAUGCUAAUAUAAAGUGCGCACAAGAC